GAAAAAAUAAAUAAUUAAUUUAAGACACUUGAGAGAUAAUAUUAGUUUUUAAAGAACACUUGAUUAUACUUGCUAUAUAUAUAAACAAGGCUGAUGGGCCUAGAGAUAUACGAGUAUAUAUAUACAGAGAGAGAGAGACAGGUAGGGAGAGGAAGAGUGAAUAGAAGGUUUAGAAGUAUAAAACAAGGAAAGAAAUAUGUAUAAUGAUGAUGAUAAGCAAAGUGGGUGGUGUCACCCUUUGUUAAAAGGUGAUUUAGAAGAUGAAGAUUACUUCAAAAAUGGAAACUUUUGUUCAUCAGAAAUGGAGACUUUGUGCAGCAUGUGUGAGGUUAUCUUGCAACCACUCCCUUUCAAUUCACUUGAUCAUCAUCAAAACAAGAAACUUCAACAAUCUAUUCAUUCUUUCUCUACUGCCUCUGCUUCUCAGUUCCCUAUUCCAAAUAAGGUGGCUCAUCUUUUGGUAAAAAGGGGAUUUUUUGAAGCAGUGAUGGUGGUGAAAUUGGUUGUAAAACUACUUUCUACAAGGCUUGGUACACUUUUUCUUGGUGGUUCUCUUUGCUUGUCUCAUAAGUGGCCAUACAUAAACAAAUUCUCAGAGAUUACUUUAGAAAAGAGGGAGAAGAUUGUGCAAAAAUGGUUACAACAGAGCGUCUUAACUCCGAUCAGACUCGGAUUUGUGUUCAUCAAGACUCUUUGUGCUUUGGUCUUCUUUUCUCAGGUUAAUGAAAAAUCUAAGAAUCCUUCAUGGGAAGCCAUUGGUUACCAAGUAGACAUUACAGAAGAACGCCCCAGAGACAAAAAGGAGCGACCUUUACAAAAAGGGAUGGUGGAAACCAUGAAUGAAACCGAUGAUACACUUCUAGAUUCUCUCAUUAAAAAGGGCCUAGAUGUCACAGAUAAACUCAAAGAAAACAUUUGCAAAAUAAAAUGUGACGUGGUAAUAAUUGGCUCGGGUUGUGGUGGUGGUGUAGCAGCUGCAGUACUGGCUAAAUCAGGCAAGAAAGUGGUGGUUCUUGAAAAGGGAAACUAUUUUAGCCAAACCGAUUACUCAAAACUAGAAGGACCAUCUCAAGAUCAACUUUAUGAAUCAGGAGGAAUACUUCCUACACUAGAUGGGAAAGUUAUGAUCCAAGCUGGUGCCACCGUUGGAGGUGGAUCAGCUGUAAACUGGUCGGCUUGUAUUAAGACACCUCAAUCAGUACGAAAAGAAUGGGCAGAAGACCACAAUAUUAAGCUAUACAACACUGAUAAGUACACUUCGGCAAUGAAUAAAGUGUGUGAAAGAAUCGGUGUGACUCAAAAAUGUGCAAAAGAAGGAUUCCAAAAUCAAGUACUACGUAAUGGGUGUGAAAAUCUUGGUCUAGAAGUCGAGUUCGUCCCCCAAAACACAUCAGAAAAUCAUUACUGUGGUUCCUGUUGUUUUGGCUGCAGAUCGGGUGACAAAAAGGGAACUGAUUCCACUUGGUUGGUUGAUGCAGUUGAUCACGGAGCUGUUAUCAUAACUGGAUGUAAAGCGGAGAAAUUUCUGUUAGUAAAGAAUCAAAACGGAAAACGAAGAGAUCAGAAAUGUUUAGGAGUAGUGUCACAAGUUCUAAACCCAAAAAUCUCAAGAAAAUUGUACAUUGAAGCAAAAGUCACCAUUUCCGCUUGUGGCUCUCUUUUGACACCACCAUUGAUGAUAUCUAGUGGCCUAAAAAACCCAAAUAUCGGAAAGAAUCUUCAUCUUCAUCCGGUGUUAAUGGCAUGGGGGUACUUUCCAGAGAAUGAGUCAGAUUUCAAAGGUAAAAACCUUGAAGGGGCAAUUCUAACAUCUGUUCAUAAAUCAGUGUCAGGUCAGUUUGAUGAGAAGUUAAACUAUAUCUUGGAAGUCCCUGCUCUCGCACCAGGAAACUUUGCCGCAUUAUGUCCAUGGGAAUCUGGUAAAGAUUUCAAGCAGAGAAUGAUGAAGUACUCUAGAACUGCUCAUGUGUUUUCAUUGGUUAAAGAUUAUGGUUCGGGUGAAGUGAAAACGGCAGGGCGGAUAAACUAUACUUUUCACAAAUCAGAUAUUGAAAACAUGAAAGUGGGGCUAAAACAAGCACUUAGAGUUUUGAUUGCAGCUGGAGCGGUUGAAGUUGGUACUCAUAGGAGUGAUGGGCAGAGAUUUAAAUGUAAAGGGGUUAGCAAAAAAGAGAUUGAUGAAUUCUUGGAGAAAGUUGAUGCCAAAGAGGGGCCAAUGGCGAUGGUUAAGGAUUGGAAUAUUUACUGCUCAGCUCAUCAAAUGGGUAGUUGCAGAAUGGGCAAAACUGAAAAGGAAGGUGCAGUUGACGAGAAUGGUGAGAGCUGGGAAGCCGAGGGACUAUACGUUUGUGAUGCUAGUAUUUUACCAACAGCUGUUGGUGUGAAUCCUAUGAUUACUAUCCAAUCGACAGCUUAUUGCCUUGCAGGAAAAAUUGCGGAUAGCUUUAGAUGAGAUUCUUUUGUAUGAAUAUAUAGUGAACUAGCUUGGAAGUCUCUUAUGUUUUUGGUGAAUUCAAUUGAGGUUUAUUUGUGAAUAAACAAGCACUUAAGUAGUAGAUAAAAGUGCCUUAUUGAUGCAAUGUUUGUAUAAAUUACUAGAUUAUAUUAAUAUACUUGUCCAAAAUGUAGUAUGAAAACAAACACUAUGACACUUGCAUCUAUUC